GCGGGCACACUGCACUUUCGUUUAACAAAUUUUUUAUAUAAGCUCCAAAAUAAAAAAUACACCCAGUGACAGACCUAAAUUCGUGGUAUUUUAGAUCAACGUUCCAGACACAGUAGAACCAGCAACAACAAAAAGACAAAAACAACAACAAACAACCUGUGGGUGAAUUCUGAUUAAUAUUCACUGUUGGCGCUUAUCAAUUGGCAGUUUGAAGCAUCAUGUCGAUCCGGAGGACCAUGGCCAGCACGGCCAACACGGCCAGCAAGGAGUGGAGGGAUUACUUCAUGAGCACCCACUUUUGGGGACCGGUGGCCAACUGGGGCAUUCCCGUGGCUGCUCUCGCCGACACACAAAAGAGUCCCAAGUUCAUCUCUGGCAAAAUGACACUAGCUCUGACCCUCUACUCGUGCAUCUUCAUGCGCUUCGCCUACAAGGUCCAGCCCAGGAACUGGCUGCUCUUCGCCUGCCAUGCCACCAAUGCCACCGCUCAAACAAUUCAAGGCAUUCGUUUCCUGCACUACAAUUACGGAGCCAAGGAGCAGGAGGCGUAAAUAAUGGAGAUGCGCCUUGACACCCCCUCCCAGGAACGACGUGCGCUGAUACUUCAAAUGUUUACCCAACAGCAGCAGCAGUUACUGCAAUUUACUGCCACUAAACACACGCAACAAAAAUUAAGCAAAUUGCACUGCCCCCACUGAGCCCGAAAUCACAAAGUGGUGACAGUAAUGGCAGUGAAUCACACCCGCACACCAAUUGGCUGAAUCUCGAAUUCUCGGGUUCCAUCCCAAUCCCAAUUCCGUAUGAGUCUAGCCUGGUUCUACCCUAUAUAGUUAAUUCCCUUUCGGCAGUUGAUCAAAAAUUUCUAGUUGGUGCAAUCCUUAGGUAAUGAGCAUAGAAUAUUUUUUAUACUAUUGGCCUGCGUGUAAAUGGAAUAUUGUUAAAAUUGAAAUAAAGAGAAACAUGAAACAUGUAGCCCCACAA